GUAUCUUCGCAUCGAUCAGUUUUCGCCUAGCGCCGGUGGGGUACGGUUGAAAUUUUAACUCUUUUACAUCGCGCAAUUUGCAAAAUAUGCCACCGAAAACUAGCGGAAAGGCCGCCAAGAAGGCGGGAAAGGCCCAGAAGAACAUUUCGAAGUCCGAUAAGAAGAAAAAGCGAAGGAGGAAGGAGAGCUACGCCAUCUACAUCUACAAGGUCCUGAAGCAGGUGCAUCCCGAUACCGGUAUCAGCAGUAAGGCGAUGAGCAUCAUGAACAGCUUCGUCAACGAUAUUUUCGAGCGUAUCGCGGCGGAGGCCUCCCGUCUCGCGCAUUACAACAAGCGUUCGACGAUAACGAGUCGGGAAAUUCAGACCGCCGUCAGACUCCUAUUGCCCGGCGAGCUCGCCAAGCACGCUGUCAGCGAAGGCACCAAGGCGGUGACCAAGUACACGAGCUCCAAGUAAGAGGCCGCCUUUGUCGUUUGCUGGAACAAAAAAAAAACGGUUCUUUUCAGAACCA